GCAGGUGAACGAACCCAAUUGAAUCGGCACCAUGGCAGGAUGGGUGAGGCCUCUUGUUCUACUUAUUUUCAUUUUUCUGGAUACUAACGGCAGUCAGCUCGUCGAUACAAGUAUUGGGAGUAUCCAAGGGACUUCAGAGACACUGGAUAUAAAAACCACUGAAAAUGUAGCGGCGAGGACAGCUUAUCUGAACAUCUAUCGUGGGAUACCAUACGGUAAAGUAACCAAACGGUUCACUGAGCCAGAACCGGCAGAUGCCUUCACUACAACAUUCCAAGCAAACGACUUCGGCAAUAUCUGUUGGAAUGAUGUCGAUGUACUUUCGACACAGCGCAUUCCUGUUACAUUGGAUCUUAAGGCAGCUAAUCUAACACAAAGUGAGGAUUGUUUAUUCUUGAAUGUUUACGUGCCUCAAAACACGACCGGAGCCUCCUCAACCCCCAAACGAACAGUGGUUGUUUACAUCCACGGUGGAUACUUCUCAUACGGUGCUGGCUCAGAUUUCGAUGGGAGAUAUUUGGCGGCCUCUCAAGAUGUUAUCACUGUGACGUUCAACUACAGGCUCGGAGCCCUUGGAUUCCUCAGCACAGGGACUUCAGCAUCAAGAGGAAAUUAUGGUUUACUGGAUCAACGUCUCGCGUUGUUAUGGGUGCGGAAUAACAUCGAAUAUUUCGGUGGUGACAGGGACAGCAUCACCUUAAUCGGUCACGGGGCAGGGGCCACCUCGGCAGCCUUCCAUACACUCUCCCCUCUCAGUAAAGGCCUUUUCAAAAGGGCUAUACUGGCAAGUGGAUCCGCCAUAUCUUCCGUACCUUCCUUCAAAAUGGCCGACAAUGACAAUGGUAUAUUACAAUUCAAAGAUUUUGCGCGGGACUUGGAUUGCGUUGGUGACGACAUCUUUUAUCUGGAUUUAGAGAAAAUGGUUGAAUGCGUCCGAAAUUUGCCAGUGAGCUCACCUCCUGGUAGUACAGGUGUCAUGUCUUUGAUGAGUAAAAAUACACCCUGCUGGUAUUGUAUAUUGGAUGGAUGGCCAAGAUUUAGGCCUGUAGUUGAUGGAUACUUUCUUCCGGCAAACCCUUCACUCUUGCUUUCGAAGAGAAAUAAUACCUAUGCCUACCUGAGCACGGUCCCGUUCCCAGAAACAGACGUCAUGUUCGGACUCAGCAGCAACGAAGGAGGAAGGUUUAUGAUUGAUGUAAAGCUUUAUGCUAGUUUUGUGUUCGGAGGCACUUCUCCUGAGUAUGGAAUCUAUCAGAAUAAAAUAGAUUCGUUUCUGAGUUUAGCAUUUCCCUACACGCGGUACAAAAAGGAUGUCAAUGAUAAAAUCAAAAAGGCAGUCAAGAAUGAGUACUUUACCGAUGGCAACACACCCAUUCAAAACAGGGACGCAGCGUUUGACGUGGUAUCUGAUAUGUCGUUCACUUCCGGAAUUGUAGCGAAUGCUCGUAUCCACGCUGAGGUUACCACAACAGCUAAGACAUACAUGUACAUGUUUGAUGGGAAAUCCAGUUUGACUGAGGAUUACUCCUGGAAUGAAAGAGGCGCCAAUUAUGGAGACGACCUUCCUUUUAUCUUGGGAACGGCCUUGGUCAGCUCCGAGAACAACACCUAUCCGACCUCUGGUCGACCGAUAAGACAGGUUCAUCGGGACCUGUCUAUUGCGAUGAUGGAGCAUUUAGGAAAUUUCGCCAAAACUGGUGAUCCAUCUAGUACUUCAGCCUGGGAUGGGUUCACGAUGCAGAGCCAGAAAUAUCACAAAAUCUCGACCGCAACCAAUUCUACUACAAUGAGGACCACAACCGAAACAAAUCUUCGUCAGUCGAAUGUAGAAUUCUGGCUAAAUGAUAUAAUAGAGUUAGCUGGGGAUGGCGGAGUAUUCGUGGAGGCAUCCCUUCCUCCAAACCGGGCCACAAUAUACUUACAACCUGCAUACUCUUUUGAGAAUGUAAUGGGAUUAACCGAAACAUUCCAUAAUGGAAAAGUGCAUGUAUUUCGUGGUAUUCCCUAUGCAAAGCCACCAGUCCGAUUUGAAGCACCCACAGUAACCAGAGCGUUAGAUUUUAACUACAAUAGUGCUGAGGAAUUCAGCGCUGCUUGUCCACAAACAGUAACUGCUUCACUGACUGAUUUAACAUCCGACCCCAAGAUCCAUAACAGGACUGACGAAGACUGUCUCUACUUGAACAUUUACGUACCACACAACACGAGCAAAAUUGCAGCAAAAGCUGUCAUGGUGUACAUUCACGGAGGUGGUUUUGAAGCUGGUUCCGGUGCUUCCGUUGAUGGACGCCCAUUGGCUCUACAUGGUGACGUCAUAAUUGUAACAUUCAACUAUCGCUUGGGAUUGUUUGGCUUUCUGAGUACUGGGGACGAUGAAGCAAGGGGAAACUGGGGAAUGUUAGAUCAACACGCCGCUCUCCAAUGGGUCAAAAACUUCGUUGAUUUAUUCGGAGGUGAUAGCAGCAGAGUCACCAUAUUCGGAUCUGAUACAGGCGGAGUAAGUGCAGCGCUACAUGCCAUGUCACCUCUUAGCAAUGGACUAUUUCAGCGGGUCAUAUCCCAGAGUGGAGCGGCUAUUGACAGUGGUGCACCCUGGCGGAUCAGCGUCGGCGCAAAACAUGUUUUGGCACCCUUUACAGCUCUCAAUCAGUGUUACGGCAAUUCAACGAUCAUAUUAAACUGUCUCCGUUCAACAGCAGCUGAUACUUUGACAACACAAAGUAAAAUUAUACUAGCAGUGGGGUAUAAACACCUUUUCGACUAUGGUUCACUUUUGGCGCCUGUUAUUGACAAUCGUUUCAUCCUUUCUCACCCAGGUGACGAGAGUUUGAAAUUUAGUGAAGUUGAGUAUAUGGUUGGUUUCAACAGUAACGAAGGGACCGCCAAAUUCGAUAUACUCCCAGGGCAAUUCGAGUUACAACAAUUCAAACAUCCAUAUCCAAUGCCGGAAUACUAUUACAACGACAUGCUAGCGGGAUUGACACUCCUCAUGCCGAACCAAAAGCAAGUUAUCCAAGCCCUUAAAGCAAAAUAUCCAUUUGAACCAACUGAUGGUAUUGCAACAAGAGACAAUGUGAUGAAGCUGUAUGGAGACGGACUAUUCGUCGCGCCUGCUUACAACGACGCGUUGAAACAUUACACCGACAUGCUUCAAACAGCAACAAACACAAGCAAAAGGAAGACUUUCAUGUACGAGUUCGACCAGUCACCGAGCUUACUCGUCACAACGCCUUGGUCUGCUGGAUACGGUGCAGGUCAUGGAGAUGAAAUUCCCUACGUCUUCGGAAUGCCGAUCUACAGCAAGGACGUCAUAAGCAAGAGAGGCAAGAUCGUACGUGACGUAGAUGAGCAAAUGUCAAGAAUCAUGAUGGCGUACUGGACUAACUUUGCAAAAACAGGGGAUCCAUCUGUUGGUGAUCUGCCGAUUCACACUGCGUGGUCGCCUUUCACAGAAAAGGACCGUGAAGUAUUAGUAAUAGGCUCCUCAGAGACCAACUCGACAGAUGUCCAUGUUGAAGUAAAAAAGAACAUUCGUUGGGAUGACGCUUAUUACUGGAAUAAGUAUGUGCCGUAUGUGAAAGAGCAAUAUUGUACUGAACCAACCACGACGACUGAAGGAACGACUGUGCAGGCCACAACCCUGUCACUGAACACAACUGCAGAAGCGCCUACGACGGUGCCCAGAGUUGCCUUAACCACCUCCGAUGCUUUCUCGACUCGAGGACCAACCCUGCCUAAUACAGCUGAUCCAACAACAACCAACCCAGAUCCACUGACUACUGCUGCUCCAGACAGACCGACUUCUACUCCAAUAUCAAAGCCAGGUCCCACAACCAAACCUCUUAAGUCAACACAGUCACCACCUGUUAUGAAUUCACCGCCCUCCUGCCCCCCUAUUGGUGAUCGGCAGCUAGGUAACCUGGCAAUAGAUGCGAAGACAGGGGAAUCAAUGAUAAUAGGACUGGCUGUAGCUUUAUGUGUUUUGUUCAUCACAUCUAUUGUCUUUAUUGUACUUUACUGCAAGGCAAGGAACGAAUUGAACAAUGCCCCGAAAGGUCACCCCGUUUAUGAUAACCCGACUUUUACUCAGUUCUGA